AUGUGGAAGCUCUUGCUGACAUCAAGACAGGCAGUCAUCGGAGCCGGUGUCAGUGGCGUCUCAGCGGCUGUUCACUUGAAACAUGCUGGUCUCGAUGUGACGAUCUUCGAGAGGACUUCAAGAGCAGGUGGCGUCUGGGUCUACGAUGAACGGAGUUCAAACGAUGCUGCUUAUCCGUCUGUAACUCCGUCUGUCGGAGAUUCCCCUGAGUUCGAAAGGCUGUAUUCGAGCUAUGUCGCACUCAAGAACAAUGUCUCGACGAUCGAAAUGGAGCUGAGUUGCCAGCAGUGGAAACCUGGGACCGAGGAAUUCGUACCUCACCAUGUCUUGGGAGAUUACAUCCAGGACACUGCGACCAACAACGGCGUACAGAAUUCCAUAAGAUACAACACCAGAGUGAACUCUGUUCGGAAGGAAGGUGAUAAGUGGCAAGUCAAUGUCGGGACUUUGGAGCGCGAGGGCACCAAUGCUCGGCAUGUCGAGCAAAUCGAGUACUACGAUGCCGUCGUGGUAGCGUCCGGCCACUACCACGCCCCAAACAUCCCCGACAUCCCAGGUCUCGCAGCAUGGAAGAGAGCCUUCCCUGACAGGGUUAGCCACUCGAAGCGGUAUCGCAAUCCGGAUGGCUUCGCAGGACAGAAUGUCCUUCUACUUGGGGCCGGGGUAUCCUCUAUCGACAUCGCCAAAGACAUUGGAGUCUCCGCUCGUGCUGUCUAUCAAUCCAGUCGAGGCGGACCGUAUGAUCUACCUUCACAUCUUUUGCCCGACAACGGAGUCCGAAUCGGAGGCGUCGAGGGUUUCAGUCGUCCAGAUUCGAACGUACUGGCCAGCGAUGGGAGCAUUCCAGGUACGAUAACGCUCAAGUCCGGCGAGAAGCUGUGCAACAUACACAGAGUCGUCGUCUGCACCGGAUAUCAUGUUUCACUGCCAUUCCUGCGACAGCUACACGCCGACGAUACACCCGUUGAAGAUGCGGAUGAGUCCACGCUGGUGACGAAUGGCCAAGCGGUUCAUAAUUUGCACCAGGACAUUUGGUACAUCCCUGAUCCAACACUUUCGUUCAUCGGCGUUCCAUUCCAUGUGGCGACAUUCUCGCUAUUUGAGUUCCAAGCGAUGGCUUUAGCACAAGUCUACGCCGGAAAAGCUCCCCUGCCAACAACAGACGUAAUGAGGGACGAAUACCUUGCCCGACUUCAACGUAAAGGCGCAGGACGUGCUCUCCAUUCGCUGAAAGGCAAAGGGGAAGAGAUUGCAUAUGUUGAGGAUCUCGUCCGCCUUGUCAACCGCGAAGGCGGAGAGAAGUUGAUUAGCGGUCAUACGCAGAAGUGGCUUGAGGCUUACCAGAGACGGACGCUGCGUAUGGAGGCGUUUUUCUCGUUGGUGCGAGAUGCGGAGAUCGAGAAGAGGGCACGGGAGCUUUUGCCGCAGUGUUGA